UUUCUGCCGCGUGCGGGCACGGCGGCCCCCGCACCUUCAUCAUUAUCACCAUCAUCAGCGCACCGCUGCGCGCGCGCUGUUUCCCUACUCUUACAGACAGAGGUGCGCGUGCAGCAAGUCGGACUGUUGGGCUCCGCGUGCAGCAGGAAUUCUUCUUCUUUGGUGUCCCCUUCUCCCACUGGUGCCUGUGAUGCGUGCGCAGCCGCAGGUUUCUGGGACUUUUAAACCAGGCUCGUGUGUGUGACUGUUUUGGAUGUAACACAGACCACCGCUGCCAUGGACACAAACAACAACAACAACAACAACGCAGGAGGUGUGAUCUCCUACGUGGGCUCCUGUGGAGGCUCUCCGACCCGGACCAGCCCCGUCUCCAUGUACAGUGAGAACUCCAACUCCCAGCCCUUCUUCACCUCCUCCUCCUCUUUGACCCCCACCUUCCUCAGCAGCAGCUCCAGUUCGGGCUCCGCGGGAGACGACGGCUCCUCCUCGGCCUCCUCCUCAUCGGGAGGCUCGCCUCGAGGCCGCGAUGACGGCGGCUCUCUGAGGUCAUCGCCCAGCAAGUCUGUGGCCAGUCUGACCAAGCUGAACGGCAUGGUGCUGCUCUGUAAGGUCUGCGGUGACGUGGCCUCAGGUUUCCAUUACGGAGUUCACGCCUGCGAAGGCUGCAAGGGCUUCUUCCGCCGCAGCAUCCAGCAGAACAUCCAGUACAAGAAGUGCGUGAAGAACGAGAGCUGCACCAUCGUGAGGAUCAACAGGAACCGCUGCCAGCAGUGUCGCUUCAAGAAGUGUCUCUCUGUGGGCAUGAGCCGCGACGCGGUGCGUUUCGGGCGGAUCCCGAAGCGCGAGAAACAGAGGAUGUUAGCCGAGAUGCAGAGCGCCAUGAACAACAUGAUGAACGACCAGCUGCAGAGCGACUUCCAGCUCGCCAGCCUGUCCUCCUCCUCCUCCUCCUCCUCCUCCUCUUCCUCCACCUCCUCCUCGCCGAGCCCGGGGGUGACCAUUGCCCCCCAGCCUCAACCCUCAGCCCUGCCUCCAGCCCCCUCCUCGCCUUCCCCACCUGCCUCGGCCUCCUCUUCUUCCCCUCCACCACCGCCUCCCGUCCGACAGAGCACCUCUCCCACGUGCUCCCCACCCCCCAGCCCCGGGAUGGACUCCACCAUCAGCGCCAUUGCCCGCGCUCACCGCGAGACCUUCCUGUACGCUCACGACAAGCUGGCCAAUAACCACACCCACCACAAUGGAGAGGCAGAGCUCUGGGGUCCCAACCGCUGCCCCAACGGUUAUCAUGCCAAUGGCCUCAACACCAUCUACCGCCACAAUAACAACCUGGCCACAGAGUGCUACCUGCCAGAGAACGGCCACAGGCAUCAGUACCACAGCAACGGGAGGCAGAGCCAGCAUAGCGGUAACCCCAUCAGAGGUCCUGCUGAUCAUGUGACUCAGGAGCAGAACUGUCCAAUGAAGAAGUGCACAGGGAUCGUGCUGGCUUGUCCGAUGAAUAUGCAGCCUCACGCCGACCCCUCAAAGACCCCCCAGCAGAUCUGGGAGGACUUCUCGCUGUCCUUCACCCCCGCCGUCAGGGAGGUGGUGGAGUUCGCCAGACAUAUCCCAGGAUUCAGCAGUCUGUCCCAAAACGACCAGGUGACCCUGCUGAAGGCUGGCACCUUUGAGGUGCUGAUGGUGCGAUUCGCGUCGCUGUUCAACGUGAAAGAACAGACGGUGACGUUUGUCUCCGGCACCACCUACAGCCUGGAGGAGCUGCGGGCGAUGGGGAUGACUGGCCUGCUGGGAGCCAUGUUUGAUUUCAGCCAUAAAUUGGCGGCGCUGGAGCUGAACAGCGAGGAGCUGGGACUGUUCACCGCCGUGGUGCUCGUAUCAGCAGACCGCUCCGGCAUCGAAGACGUGGCGUCGGUGGAGCAGCUGCAGGAGAAUCUGAUCCGAGCUCUUCGCUCGUUGGUCAACAACAAUGCCCCUGAGAGCAACCAGCACAACGUGGACUCGCCGCGCUUCACCAAACUGCUGCUGAAGUUGCCCGACCUGCGGACACUGAACAACAUGCACUCUGAGAAGCUGCUGUCCUUCCGCAUCGACGCCUGAUGACCUCAAUAUGAUGUCACCGUGACAUCGCCACGCUCUCCAACAUCAAACGUCAUCCAGACCGCAUCGUACAGACUGACAUGACGAUGAUGUCAUCAGCAGAACUUUUCAGCUCAUGUGGCGCCCCGCCAAAAUGAAAGUCUGCUCACACAGUCAGUGCUUGAGAACCAGGCCUCCAUUUUUACACUGUUUUACCCCAAACUCUUAGCUUAGCUUAGCUCAGCUCAUGGACUGGAAGCAGGGGAAACUGUUAGCCUAGCCUAGCCAACCCAAGUCUUUGACCUUACUCCAGUGACCCCAGCAGGAAGUGUGAAAUAUGAAAGUCAAGAAACGUAACAUGAGGACAGCAGUCAAAAUAUAACGCAUUUUAGCAAAGCUAAUACUGAGUAUGCUAACUAAAGUGCCCUUUAACUGCAGUUUACUUUGAAACUGAGAAUUAAGAUGUGCUUGUUCAUUUUCACUUCCACUUCCUGUUGAUGAUCUCUGUGAUAAACAUCCAGGAUUAAACUCGAGGAACCACCUGAGAAACCAGAGAAAGCCCCAUUAAUUCAGCUUCUUUCACUGAGAUUUGUCUCAACAAAGAGAGUUUGGCUGCUUUUAAUUUGAAAGUUUUACUGAAUGGAUGCAAAUACAGGCUGAAGGUGCCCCUUUAAAAGCUCCUCACCUUUAAACCCUGUUAAUGUAGAAGGAUCCAGAAGGUUUUUAGAAACUUUGGGAUCAGCUUCUUCGGAUUUUAGCGGCUGUUACUCUGAAAUCUGUCGCUCUGGGGCUGCAGCGGCCUCUCCUUCGACUCUUCCGGUACGAACUAAUUCAUCCUGAACUUCCAAAUGAGCAAACUGUGGAGCGACUGGAAAGGUGACUCCACCCACUGAUAAGAUGGAGGAGGCGGAGCGUGACGUGGCGCCGCCCCACACAAACCUUAUGCAGCUGAUGUUCUGUAAAAACAAACUGUAAAUAGCCACAAACACAAAGAUCCAGUUAUACUUGAACUGUUUGCUCUGAGAUCUGUUAUACACCUAUUUUUUGUUAAUAUGAAUAUAUACCUGUGCAGAUAUGAUGUACGACAGCGUGGAAAUGCACCUGAUGGAGAGGAGAUCUCUGAUUUUAAUCUGUGGUUUAUGUUGUAAAGA